AUGGUCUCCCUCCGUCUCCGUAGCCUAUCCGGCCGCUUCUCCCUCCGCCGAGCAUCGUGGGACUCUACCCGCUCCACCUCCACCACCGCCUCCGAAACACCGUCCUGCGUUUCCGCCUCCACUGCCGCCGGCGCCGUCAACAGCUCCAUCUCUCGCGUUCCCAGCAUCGCCGGCCUUGUCGAGGAGCACAGAAACUUCUCUAGCGAGCUCGGUAUCCUUGAGCCUAGACCCGUCGUCUACUGGGAGAGCAUGGAGGAGAAGAUGGGCAUGACGCCCCUCGUCGUUUGA